CCUUUUCCUUGUCCUCCCUUAUUAUCAUUUCAAUUCGAUUAUCCCGCCGGUUUAAGACCUGCACGACCAAGGCCGCGUUUCUUUUCGUCCUCUUCACAUUCAUUUGUCAGUUUCUUCCUUUGCCCGUCGCUCUUUUUUCCUCUUUGUCUUUUUCUCGCUCGUACUUCUUCUCUCCCCGUAUGCAUCUCCUGCCUGCAUGUUGAAACAGCACUAGGCAGGGCAGCCGACUUUGGGCGACACAUUGACUCGAUCAUACAGCCUCCCGCUGAUUGGAACCGGCACCCCGAUACACGCACCCCCCCUUUAAUUCCCGACCGACGGUCUCUGAGGUCGCGACUGUUUUUUUUUUUUUUUUUUUCUUUCCCCUCACGCAUAGGUGCCUGUCCAAAGCUUUGGCCUUUGACCGCCCGUCUCCUCGAAGACUACUCCUUCUUGGUACCCCACUUGGACAUCGUCGAGCCGUCGCCCGGUUUGAUUAAAAAGACGUCAGCGUUUGAGAAUUACAGCGAGCCCGAGCCGUUCACGGGUUGAGCCACAUUCGCUACGCCUUAUCUCCGCGAAACGUUAAGGUCCGGCGUCCCAUCACAGGAGAGGUUUAACCCUUUUACCCAGAACAAUGUCUUUCUUUGCGCGAGUUUUCCGAAAGGAUGGAGGUAGCAAGAAAAAGCAGAAUGGCGCCAGCGUUGCUGGGCCGGCGAAGCCCCAAUGGACGGACGCAUGGCUUCGCACAGAAGUCAAUCCUGAGGAAGUACAGGAGCUGUUGCGAGGAUGUACACAGGAAUUGAAGGCCAGAGCUCUUGACACUCCAUUUUUACUGCUCCCAUUUCGCCCGACGUCAGAUCCUAGCGCUGCUCGUACAUUCGUCCGUAAUUAUUUUAACCCACCACCCGAAAGAGCCGCGUUAUUACGAGGUGACAAUCUCAUGCAAGAGUUACGUUUAACGGAGCCAAUGGUCCUUUGCAGUGUUAUGAAAUGGUGCUGGAGUCGACUUCCUGGAGGUAUAGUAACGUGGGAAGCUUAUGAACUCUUUAAAGUUGGUGAACAAGAUUCACAACUCGCCCGUGAUGCAUUCUCGACAUUUAUUCCGAUCAGCGUGGACUCGGACGCUAGAACUAAAAUUAUUUUCGAUUUCUUUGACCUUCUAGCCGCUAUUGCAGCUCAUGGGAAGAAGAACGGUUUAGGCGGUCGAAAACUUUCGAGAUACGCUGGCUGGUGGGCUUUCGAGCACACCGACGCAGGAAAAGGAUUUGAAGCAAGCUAUAAAACAUGGACAAAUGCUGCCGAUGCGACUAGUCACUUAUUUUUCGCCUAUCUGCGCUCUCUCUCCCCUGAUUCAAUCCGUGGCACAAAUGGCAUCGCUACUCUCCCAUUAUCCCUCCAAACGUUGGUUCAAGGGACAGAGUACCCUCCAGAAUCACCGUCCUUGCUACAAACUCAGACGACAAAGGUUGUUAUGAUCGUCGAUACAGUUUCCCCUACUCCCUUUGCCUUACUACGGCGGGCAAAGAAUUUUGAAUACCGCGAUAGCGACACCGUCUUGAAGAGCUUUGCAGGCUUCGAGGAUCCAGCUCACGCAUUAAGCGAUGAAUGUCGCCGCGUCUUACGAUGCAUUUCAGCCACAAACCAAUCGGAGGUGUCAACGACCAAAGCAUCCACAAGCUUGCGGGAUGCUUCAUGGUCGCGUUUCGAAGACAUUGGAUUUGGAGGCUCUAUCGAGGAAUCAGAAGAUGAAGAGCUCCCAUCCUUUGGAAAGCCACCGCAAGUUGGUUUAAGGUCAGCUCCGGCUUCGCGUACCGCUGACCUAGGUCGCCCCACUACGCCCUCGUGGGCUGAUUUCUUGUCAACUGGAUUUACGGACGAACAGCAAAAUAGAAGCCGCGCUCCUCUUCUCUUGCCGCCAGAUAAGGUUCUUCCACCAAUCCAAACUGUGCGUGGACAAAGCUCCCAAUCCCACAAGCGCUCAUUUGACCAGGAAUCAACACUUGACCCAGGUGAGCUGGCAAGCAUUUCUAUCCUAGAUCUUGAUGAUUCAUUCUGGUGGGUUUGGAUCAGCAGUUUGGCUGGUGAAGAGCCUGCCUCACGCAAAGCAGUUUUCGGACGUUGUGCUCUACUUGAGACCAUCAUCGCUGGUGGCAAGUGGCUUAUCUUGGAGGAACAGGUGAAAGGAGCUGCACCAGAACCUGAUGCUGGCGCCUAUAUUGUUGAGAAAAAGAGCUUUUUCGGUUUCAGGACAAGAAAAGGGCGGUUGGCUCGGCGCCGAUCUGCCGCAAAAAAGAACGCCGAGCCAUAUAAGUCUACUAACAACACCGCACCAAUGAGCAGGACAAGCAUUGGACCGGAUCAACAUGCCAGAAUCCAGGCAGCAGCUGCCGCACUUCAGAGAAAACAUAGAGAGCAAGAAGAGGACCAGGCUAGGGCCACCAAAUCAAUGCAGGCCGACUCUUACUCGGCUCGGACCAACUCUGUACUAACUCUGCAGCCGUCCAUCAUGAAUGAGGCUUCCCAUGCGAUGAAAUGGGCUAGCAACUAUGAUAAAAGUGCCGUCCGGGCAGCUUACCUUGGCAAUACUCGUGCUGGCACUGGUAUCCCUGCUGAGAAUUUGGAUAUUGGCUGGAAUGGAAAAUCUCCCACUAAUUCCACCUUUACUACGGAUCAGGAGCCAACAGUCCCACCGAAGGACGGGACCCGUGCAGUCCCUGAGCCUGUAUCGGCUGCCCCGCCUCCUCCACCUUCUAAGGAGGUGCAACCGGAGAGGCCAAAGGCAACGCAAGUAGCUGAACCUGCCCCUCCAAAACAAGAAACUGGUGAGCGCACAUUUCCCAUACCCUGGCCAGGCAUCGCCAGAUCGUCCGGUGAAUCCACACGUGAACAUGGAAAACUGAAGAAGAGACCAGGAACCUCAGGACUCAAGGCGCUCUUUUCGAAGAAGAAGUCGGAGACAGCCAGCAGGUCUUCCGUAGACAGCACUUCUGCAGCUGCUGCCUCUGAAGGUCGGCCUUCGCGAUCCGGAACGUUGACUCCCAAGGGGAUAGCUGCUCGUCGGCUGUCGAUAUAUGGCCAAAAGCAGUCAUCCGAGGAGCCAUCUACCCCUGUGACCCCCAAUUCGCCAACUCCCCCGAUCGUGGAUAGAAAGCCAACACCGGUUGCUCCACCAGCGCCCGUGUCAGACCCCACCCCAGACACAUAUGAUGGUCCCUCGAAAUCCCGCCGGGAAGCUGAGUUUAACAAUCUUUCCCGCGUAAACACUGCUGAGCAGGCGGAAGCGGACCAUCACUUUUCCAAUUUUGACCACCAGAGUCCGAUAGUUGACCAGCCUGCUUUCCUGCCUGUGGAUACACCUACCGCCGAGUCUUUCUCCGAGAAGUCCCCAACUCCGCAAAAUGAAAAGCCGGUUGAACCCAGCCCAGUGAAUGGACGUACAGCUCCUUCUAGCCCUGUGUCCAGUGAACAACCAAUGCCACUCCAGGACCGCUGGGCACAAAUUCGGAAGAAUGCUGUUGAGAGAGCAGGAGUGGUUGAAGAUCCCACCCCGAAAAAGACUGUGCCGGAAAACCCUACUACCGAUGACCCAACACAGCAAUCUAUUGAAUUGCGAGCGGCACGUAUUCGUGCCCGUGUUGCUGAACUAACAAAAAAUAUGGAAGCCUCGAGAUAGUUACCUGGAUUGAUUGGAGGUCCUACCUGGCCUCGUUCUCGAUGUAUUGAUUAAUAGCCAUCUCAAUAUGCUUCCACUUUUUAUCAUUUAUAGUCUCUUCGCCUUUUAUUUUCUCUUUUUUCUUUUUCUUUUAUUUCCUGUACCUGACUGAUCUCGGAUCGUUGGAUCGAUACCCAUUUUUCUGACAUACCCAUUAAUUGAUUUGAAUUUACGCACAUUUGCGAUUUUAGCACAUGCUGGGUGUUUUUCUGUGUCUUACUAGUACGAUUUUAGUGAAUCUCCUGCUUCUGUACUGAUGUACCUUUUCGAGUUGCUCUGAGUUGAUUCUCAUGAGAUGGCAGUUCGUGUGACUACAUCUAGGAUUCUCAAGUUUUCUCUCCCUUCCUUGAGGGUGACCGACUGAUUUAUACAUGGGUCUUGGACUAGAUAUGUCCUCUUUUCCUCCCGAGCUUCAAUUCCGAGCCGUUGCUAACUGUGCCAUCUCCUUGUCAUAUGCUUUUUUGGCUGGUCUCUCAAUCGUUAAAUGUCUCGAUAGUCACAAACAAUUGAAAUAUUUCCUUGAGAUGCAUCUGUGCCUUUUCUUUUGAUCAUGUACAAAUGGCACGUUUGAUUGGGCAUCGUUACCCUCUUUCCUAGUCCUUCCUGUAUGCAUUUACUGGGAAUUCAUUCAUGGGACAAGUGCUGACAUGGUCCCAGCUGUGACAGUGCCUACCUACGGUUCCUCCCUAACCUCCCCCUUAUUAACCUCCAAAACACCCGUCCUAGCGCCCCUCUGGAACCCUCUUUCCUAGCCCUUAAUUCUUGUCCUUAAUUAAUUCCCUCAACGCCACCCAAAGUCUCCCCUGCAAUCUGCCUUACAAAUCUCCCUAGGAUCCCCUUUGUGAUUCACCUUACCACCCUUCCUUGGAACGCCUUGUGUUGUCUUGAUGAUUACACUCAGACUCCCCUUGUAAUCGCUCUUCAGUUCCAACCAUGGCUCUCAGAGAACCUUAGUCAACAUUCUUCAAGCAUUUAUCAUCCACAUCGGCUGUGGAACGAUGGAUGCGAGCCAAAUAUUCAGUAUUAUAUCAUUUUACGGAGUACGGUCAGUAAUUUUGCUCUUAGCGACCAAACCAUGUCUUCAAUUUAUCCAGAGCUAGC